GCCCAGUCGCGGAAGAGCAGCUGUUUUGGUGUCUGUUUGCUGCAGGAGGAACAUGGCGGAUCGGCUCACGCAGCUUCAAGACGCUGUGAAUUCGCUUGCAGAUCAGUUUUGUAAUGCCAUUGGAGUAUUGCAGCAAUGUGGUCCUCCCGCCUCUUUCAGUAAUAUUCAGACAGCAAUUAACAAAGACCAGCCUGCUAACCCUACAGAAGAGUAUGCCCAGCUUUUUGCAGCACUGAUUGCACGAACAGCAAAAGACAUUGAUGUUUUGAUAGAUUCCUUACCCAGUGAAGAAUCUACAGCUGCUUUACAGGCUGCUAGCUUAUAUAAGCUAGAAGAAGAAAACCAUGAAGCUGCUACAUGUCUGGAGGAUGUUGUUUAUCGAGGAGACAUGCUUCUGGAAAAGAUACAAAGCGCACUUGCUGAUAUUGCACAGUCACAACUGAAGACAAGAAGUGGUACCCAUAGCCAGUCUCUUCCAGAUUCAUAGCACCAGUGGAUACUAUGUGGCUGAGAAAAGAACUAUUUGAGUGCCAUUAAUAAUUCUGCAUCAGACUUAGAUACAAGCCUUAUCAACAAUUACAGAAACAUUAAACACUAUGAUACGUUACCUUUUUAGCUAUUUUUAAUAGUCUUCUAUUUUCACUCUUGAUAAAUAAGCUUAUAAAAUCAUGACUGAACCAGCUUUAAACCAUCAUACUCAUUUUUUAACUGAGUGAAAUUACUAAGGCAGGUAAUGCAUUAAUGAACAUAAUAUAAGGAAACAUGUAAAAUUCUAUUAUGACUUAAUUUAUGUCUUUAUUUUGUUGUAUUGGCCAGUACUUUUGCAAAUCAAAACAUCUCUCAAGCCAGAGGAGAAGAUAGUAAGAACAGACAUAAGGAACAUUUUAGUUUAGGCUACUGUUCUGCCUCUUAGAGGUGGCAUUGUGUAAAUCUGAGCUUUGAACAAGAAAGUUUUGGAAAUUGUAUUGCUUUUAAGAAAUAGAGUUAGUGUGGCUGGAUAAGAAAGUCACAUUUAUGCAAAUGUUUCUUCUUCCAGAACCUCAUACCUGUUCUAGUUCAUCUCCAUGUUUAUUUUACCAAGAAAUUUAUCUGUCAAGAGAAUUUCCUUGCUGUUGUGAAAAAAUUUUUCUACAUCCUGAACUAUUUUUCCUAUUUCUUUUCACCUUCUCCUUAAUUUGCUUGUCAUCACAAUGAAGUAUGUUUUUUGAAUCAGUUCUUUCUCAUUCUCUUCAUUUAUCUGAAGGUUCUGUCUUUUAUCCUUAUUAACCUCUCAACUUUUAUCGCUGUAUUCUAGUCAGACCAGAACAUAACUUCCACUACAUCAGUUACUUGGCACCAUUUCACCUCAUUUUAUUGUUGCCAAAUAAUACUUUGUGUCAGCAUUUUCAACUAUGGUUACUCAUCCAACCCUUGGAUCUCUUUGAGUCUACUGAUUAUCUCCAUUGGAAAGGUGGAAUUGAAAUGUGGUCCACAUUUUAACUGGCCAUCUCCUGGGGCUGUAUUUUUCAGAAUAUCCUGAGCUACAUUUGCUGCAGUCUGUUGCUAUUCAGAGUUUUAAGUUUCAGGAGAAAACAAAAACAAUAGAGCACUCUGCCUGUUAUUUUUGUCAUAAUCAAACUUGUCCACAGUUCUUGAAAAGUACUAUGUUUCAAAUUUCAGGAACACCAGCAUUAGCUGUAAAAGUUGCAGCAAUUUAUUGGCUAGUCAUAGAAAUUUUUUGAACUUUUAACUGUGUAUUUUCAUUGAUGUUUAUUAAAAACACUUUGCUAUCA